AUGCGUGGAAAAAGGGAGGGCGAAGAACCUCGUGUUGUGGCGGGGAGUGGGGGCAGUUUUAAAGCGAAACAAUGGCGAUGCUCGCGGCGUAUCGCCAACAUCGGAGAGUACGAGGGCCCUAGAGCUCUACGGGAGAAGUGGACGGGAAGCGAGGCGGGCAAUACGACGAAGUUCCUGCGGGAGAUACCAGCUCGCCGGCCCCGCAAUUUCCGAGCGAUCCCGCUACCGACUUCCGUCGCCGCCGCCACCAAAGCUCGCACAGUUCCGCCGACUGCAAAUGGCUUUCCAAUAAUCGCGCGCCUCGGCCGCGCCGUCAACGCGACCGGCUCACGGGCCGAGCCAGCCGACAAACGCCACCCCUCGACCCACCCACCACCCACCCUAUCCACCCUCCUCGCUCCCAUACGAGACGAAGGGGGUGGCUUUAUUGACGCAUCAACGACACGUGAGCACACAGUACAAGUUUCCGCUGAUAAGGCAUCCGCUCGCUUAUGCCACGUAUGCCGAGCGAGAGCGGAGAGUGGGGGUCAGCUGAACGGGAACGCGGCUGGCGAGGCGAUGGGGCGAGAGGCGCGGGUCGGGAACAAAGGCCCCGUAGCCUUGAGCGGUGAGCGGAAUAUAUUAGGUGUCAUGGCGAAACGGCUCGGAGAUUACGAGGAGGAAUACGAGGGCGGAAUGGGCUUUUGUUGGGCUGGAGCUUACAACUCCGAACGUAUCAUCAAG